GCUGAAUUGAAGAGGAAGAGGGAAGAGAAAUUAAGUGAGUUUGAGAUUCAAGAAUCAUCAUCCAAGUUUUGAACUUCCAUUCUAUAUUAUAAAGAAAUUAUUCUUCGGGUACACGCUGCAAAUAAAUGCCAUCAUCAUUAUUUGGAAGACACCAGAAUCUAGAGAGACUCUGAAACACUCUCUCUUUACUGCACACUUUACAAUGCCAAAAAGCAGAGAAAAAGCCAUGGAAAAGCAACCUGAACCGGAUGAUCAUCAUCAUGAAGAUGAAGAAGAAGAAGAAGAAGAAGAAGAAAACUGGUGUUUUGAAUGCAAAGAAGGUGGACAACUAGUUUUCUGUGAUCACAAGAACUGUGGAAAAGUUUAUCAUCCAGAUUGUGUUCAAAAGGAUGAUUCAUAUUUUGAUACUGUAAAAUCUUGGAUUUGUGACAGGCAUUCUUGCUUCAUCUGCAAAAAGCGCUAUACAUUUCGUUGCCUCGGCUGUCCAUAUGCUGUAUGCAAAAAGUGUGUUUCUGCUGAAUUUACAGUAGUUAAAGAUGUUCAAGGCUUGUGCAUUGACUGCGUGGAGAUUGUAAAAAUCAUAGAACUAAAUUUGGACCAUGACUCGGAGGGGAAGAAAAUAGACCUGGAUGACAGAGAAACAUAUGAAUGUCUGUUCAAGGAAUACUGGGAAAUUGUUAAGAGAAAAGAAGGACUAACUGAAGAAGAUAUCUCUGCCGCACUUCGCAAAAAUAGAAAGCGUAGUAAUGACUUUGUGCCUCAUACAAGUUGCAGCGAAGGCGAAGAAGAAAAACAAAAUGACUCCAACACUAAUGAAGAUUAUACAAGUAUGCAUAAGCCGAACAAACAGAAGCGGUUCAGUUCAAUGGAAUUCGUCGGAUGGGCAUCAAGACCUCUGACUAACUUCCUUGCAUCCAUAGGGAGAUACGAAACUGAACCAAUGAUGCAAUGGGGUGUAAAAUCUCUGAUAAAUGAAUACAUUAAGGAGAAAAAUCUUUAUCAUCCCAAAGACAAGAGAAAAUUCCUCCCUGAUGACAAGUUGUUUCCUAUCUUUAAAAAGAAAGUUGUGCCAACGUCUCAGAUAUAUCCUCUACUUGAGUCUCACAUCGCAAAAAAAUCAGAUGAUUCAGCUGGAAAUGAAAAACCUCUAUUGGAAAAAGGAGAUUUAUCGAUAAAAUCUGGUUGUUUUGCACCCAUUAAUGCCAAAAAUGUAACACUUAUCUACCUAAAACGAAGCUUGGUGUUAGACUUAUCGAAACAGCCUGAAAGCUUUGUGAGUAAGGUGGUUGGAACUUUUGUCAGAGCCAGAGUAGAUUCCGAUGAUCAUAAGCUAAGGAAUUCAUAUCAUCUUGUGAGAGUCAUAGAUGUUGAACACGAUGAAAUGUCUAAUGGAAUACGCAUGCGAGUUUCUUUCAUGCCAAAAGCUAUUCCAAUUUCUGAGCUUUCUGAUGAAGACUUCACAGAGGAAGAAUGCGAGGAUUUGCGGCAAAAAGUGAGCAUUGGUUUGCUCCCAAAAUUAACUGUUGGGGGUCUUCAAGAGAAGGCUACAAGUCUUCAUGAGGAUAUAACAAAACAUUGGAUUUCGAAGAACCUAGUCUAUUUGCAAAUUCAAAUCGAGCGAGCAAAUCUCAGAGAACAAAAUAAAGAAAAAAUUGCAUUACUAGAUGAAAGCGAAGAGCCUGAACAGAAACAAGAACAACUGCUAAGGUGCUUGCCAUUGGUUUUCCCCGAGCUUGUGGAGGUAAAACAUGAUGAUUCUGAUGAAGACUGUGUGGAAACAGAUAGCCAUGGGGUAAGUGUAAAGGUAAGAGAAGGACUAACUGAAGACAAUGUCACUGCUGCACUUCCCAACAAAAGAAAGGGUAAAGAUUUUGAGCUUCAUACAAGUCGUAGUGAAGACAAAGAAGAACAAAAUGAUACCAACAGUCAUGGAGGUUAUAUAAGUAUGCCUAAGCCGAAAAAAAGGAAGCAGUACAGUUCAAUGGAAUUCGACGGAUGGGCAUCAAGACCUCUCUCUAGCUUCCUCGCAUCCAUAGGGAGAUACAAAACCGAACCAAUGAUGCGAGAUGAUGUAAAAUCUCUCAUAUAUGAAUACAUUAAGGAGAGAAAUCUUUAUGAUCCCAAAGACAAGAAAAAGUUCAUCCCUGAUGACAAGUUGUUUCCUAUCUUUAAAAAGAAAGUCAUGUCAAAGUAUAAGAUAUAUGACCUACUCGAGUCUCACAUCGCAGAAAAAAUGGAUGAUUCAUCUGGAAAGGAAAAUCAUGAUCAAAACAAAAAUUGUUCUACAGAAAACAACCACAUUGAUGAUGAGACAUGUAUGGAAAACAAAAUUUCAAGGUUACUCGAGUCUCACAUCGUGGAAAAAUUGGAUGAUUCAUCUGGAAAGGAAAAUCAUGAUCAAAACAAAAAUUGUUCUACAGAAAACAAGCAUAUUGAUGAUGAGACAUGUAUGGAAAGCAAAUUGUCAAGGUUGAUAGAAAAACCUCUUUUGAAAAAAGGAGAUGUAUGUAUAAAACCUGGAUGUUUUGCAUCCAUUAAUGCCAAUAAUAUCAAGCUUAUCUACCUAAAACAAAGUUUGGUGUUCGAUUUAUCGAAACAGCCUGAAAGCUUUGUGAGUAAGGUGGUUGGAACUUUUGUUAGAGCCAGAGUAGAUUCUAGUGAUCGUAAGUUAAGGAAUUCAUAUCAUCUUGUGAGAGUCACAGGUGUUGAUCCUGAUGAAAUGUCUAAUGGAAUACUCUUGGAAGUUUCUUUCAUGCCUAAGGCUAUUCCCAUUUCUGAGCUCUCCGAUGAAGACUUCACUCAGCAAGAAUGCGAGGAUUUGUGGCAAAAAGUGAACACCGGUUUGAUUCCAAAGUUAACUGUUGGGGAUCUUCAAGAGAAGGCUACCACUCUUCAUGAGGAUAUUACAAAACAUUGGAUUGCGAAGCGCAUAGCCUAUUUGCAAAUUCAAAUCGAGCGUGCAAAUCUCCGAGGAAGAAUUAAAGAAAAAAUUGCAUUACUAGACGAAAAAGAAGAGCUUGAACAACCAUGGAAGCAAGAAAAGCUGUUAAGGCGCGUGCCAUCAGUUUCCCCCGAGCAUAUGAAGGUAAAAUAUGAUGAUUCUGAUGAAGACAAUGGGUAAGCAGAUAAGUCAGUACGUUGUAACAGAUAAGAUCGGUCCAAUCACAAGCGUGUGGCCGAGAUCAUUUCAAGUAAUUUUGUAAAUGAGUUAAUCUAAUCCGUCUGAUCUGAUAAUCAAUGGAUGAGAUACAAAACAAUGUGAAACUGUGUGUUUUGUUUACCGCAGAUAAUCUUAAUCGACAGUUCAGUAGUCUAAGCAUUGAAUAUCUAUAGUAUUCUCAAUAGUAUAUAGCCCUUAAUGAAGUGCAAACUUAUUCCUGAUUAAUGUGAAAGCUUUUGAGUUGUGCAAGUUUUGGUCUAAG